GAAGAGUAUUUUUGUGUCAGCCCUGGUUUAUUUUGCAAAUUACAUAAAAGUCAGCUCCCAACGACAAAAUGUUGCGACAAAUUGCUGGACCGACGUUUGCCAAGUUGCUGCGUGCAACAAGCAGCCCCGCGAAUGCAUCUGCAACUGUAAAUGCCGCAUUCGGCGGCUCUUUUGGCACCGUCUUGGCACGCCAACAGCAGACUAUGCCCGUUGUCGAGUCCGGCACUACUCUACCUAAGAAGGGCUACUCGCCUUUUGGAACCAAGCAGUCUAGCAUGGCAGAAUGGUCGUUGGCGCGUCUAGAUGAUCUACUCAAUUGGGGACGCAAGGGCUCCAUUUGGCCGCUCACCUUCGGCCUGGCCUGCUGCGCCGUGGAAAUGAUGCACAUUGCAGCCCCACGAUAUGAUAUGGAUCGAUAUGGUGUUGUGUUCCGUGCAUCUCCACGUCAAGCUGACGUUAUCAUAGUGGCCGGCACGUUGACAAACAAAAUGGCACCGGCUCUCCGCAAGGUCUACGACCAAAUGCCCGAACCCCGAUGGGUCAUCUCAAUGGGCAGCUGUGCCAACGGCGGUGGCUACUACCACUACUCGUACUCAGUUGUGCGAGGCUGCGAUCGCAUCAUACCUGUUGAUAUCUAUGUGCCUGGUUGCCCACCCACUGCAGAGGCGCUCAUGUACGGUGUCCUCCAGCUACAGAAGAAGGUGAAGCGCAUGAAGACUCUGCAGAUGUGGUACAGAAAGUAGAGAGAUAGUCCACGAUUAAAUAAGCGAAAAGUGUUAAAUGAAUAUUGUAUGCAAAUAUAGUCAAUAGCAACAACGAUGGUA